UUUUCUAUAUGUUUUAAUAAAAAUGUGUUUAUAAAGCUAAAAAAUGUCGAUUUUAGAGUGAGCACCGAUGCUGAAGUACAGUGUGAAAAAUGUAGAAAGAAUGAAGAAAAGUAUAAAACAAAACCAACGACUUGUAUGUAUUGCCAACUAAAAGCUGCUUUUGUCUCUAACAAAUGUGUUUGGUGUUGUCAUGCAGAAAGAAAAUAUGGAUUACCUGUGCAGUGUUCUCAGUGUCUUCAAAAAUCCGCUUUUGUUCGAGACCCUUUGCAAAAAGAUAAGCCACAAUACUGUCGCUUAUGUACAAUGUCCAGAAAAGCUAUGUUUGGGGAACCUGUAUUUCAUAAGAAAAAAGCAAAAAGUAGUGUUCGUUUGAAGCGAAACAAGUCGAAUGCUUCAGAAAGCAGAGGUGGAAAAACAUCUAAGCGAAGUGCAGUUCCGGAAGCAACAUUGGAUAAUGCUCAUGCAGAGCACUUUUUUGUCAUUCAGCAAUAUAAGGACGAAAUUUUAGAGCUUCAAAAAAAGUGUUCUGAGAAGGAUAGAAAUAUUUUAGAAAGGGAUAAAAAGAUUGCAGAAUUGAAUGCAGAAAUGAUUAUGCAGAAGCAGCAAGCGCGAAUCAAAGUAACUAUGAUGCAAAAACAACAUACCGAAUCAUUACAGCUUUUGCAUGAUCAGAUACGAUCUUUAAACAAGCAGGUUCGGCAGUUGCAGAAAGGGUUUUAA